AUGAGCAUGACCACCACGCUCUCCAUGCCGACUAUUGAUUCUCUCUGUCCUCAGAUUCAAUCCUUGUCUCGCCCUCAAACUUAUCCCCGUCAUCGUGAGGUCUUGGCUAUAACAAUGAACAAUGUAGCCAACCCCACAUAUCUUCACGACUACCCAAUUCAUCCCUCUCGCUUCCCAAUCUCCUCAAUUCGUCCAGAUGGCCCACAGAAUACUCCAUCCAUACCACCCCGCACUCCCCCAAAGCCUGUAUUCCCGCGGUACGACCCUCUCCGUGUCCUCUCCCGAGAAUCCACCCCACCCCCACCCACAAAGCAGUCAGUUUUACACCCCCUACAGGUGGCACCCGGUGUCCUGGCAAACGGCGUCAUCACUGUGAUGCUACCCGCCGUCCGCGAGUUUCUCAGUGCUGCUGCCAGUACACCACCUGCCGCACCCGAGCUCCCAAGCGACAGUAGAGUAUUAGCGCUUGCUGCUCUUGCCGUGUUCUAUCGUCCGAUGCACCCUGCACAUUGGGUCUUUUGGAAUAAGGAACAGAAGAAGAACACUGCAGCUAUUGUGCAGAGCGUACUCGAUACCACCCCCACUCCCAUCAUCUCACCCAUCGGCUGGAUAGCCAUCCAAGACAAUCUAUGGAUUCUUGGUUCCCUCCAACACGCCUAUUCCAGUGCCCUAUCUUCCCAACCCUGGUACACCGCAUACGUCCCAUCUGAAAGCGAAACCCGCAUGAGUCUGCGCAAGCGCAAGCCCACCAUGAUCCAAGAGCAAGUCAUUGAAGAUGAUGACGACGAUCUCCUCAUGCCUCCUCCACCGAGGAAGCGCGCAAGGACGCGCAGGACUGCUACAACCGCCAGGAGUCCGAGGAAACCGGAAGAAUUCUCCCCUCCUGACAACCCGGAGACAGAGGAUGUGCCCGAUGAGGUCGAAGCUAGCACUGAACUACCGGAACCGGAACCAGUGCUCAUGUUAACGCGCGCAGCGAAGCGCGAGCUCAUCGAAAUCCCUGUGCCAGUACAGGUGGCUGAGAAAUCUGUCUCACCAGAGCCGCGUAGGAGCCAGCGGAAGAAAGGUGAUUCACCGGCAUCUUCGGCGACUACUCUCACGCGCAUCCACUCGCGGGAGUUGUCGGCAGAGUCCGUGGAAGGCGUUGAGAGCGCUGGAAGUAGCACUGUUUGCGAGGAGGAGCCAGACAAGGAAAAAACAAAGAAAGGUCGUGCGAACAAGGAUGUUAAGCGCAUUGAUACAGCUGUCAAGCGUCUUGACAAUACCGGCGAGGAGGAGGGAGACGAGGAAGAAGCUGAGGAGGAGAAAUCUGCUCCCAUCAGGAGAUCUCGUACCUCGACUUCUCGUGCAAAGCCGAGGUCCAGGGCCCCACCAAAGAGAACCAACUCGGCCAAUACCAAUUCUGAGGAAGGCGGCGAGCACGUAGAUGCCACUCCCGCACCUCCUGUGCCCAAACUAAAGUCACGCUCACGCCCAAGGACACGCAGGCGUUAG